UGGAUGUUUCUGUUCCAAGAAUUGAGGGUGACCUAAAAGGUCCCCAGGUUGACAUUGAAGGACCAGAUGUUGAUAUUGAGGGCAGCACAGGGGGAUUUAAAAUGCCAAAGUUCAGUAUGCCAUCAUUCGGGUUUAAAGGUCCAAAAGUGGAAGGGCCAGAUGUUGAUGUCAGUCUUCCUAAAGCUGACAUUGAUAUUCCAGCCCCUGAAUUGAAUGUUAAAGGACCAAACAUCGAUAUUGAGAGUUCUCAUGGUAAGAUCAAAGGACCAAAAUUCAACAUGCCAAAAAUUUCAGGUCCUAAAAUCUCAAUGCCAGAUAUGGAUUUCAGUCUGAAGGGUCCAAAACUGAAAGGUGAUAUGGAUGUGUCAGUUCCAGAAGUCGAGGGUGACAGAAAUCUUGGCAAGAUUGACAUUGAAGGACCAGAUGUUGAAACUGAGGGCAUCAAAGGAGGAUUUAAAAUGCCAACGAUCAAAAUGCCAUCCUUCAGUGGUAAAGGUCCAAAAGUGGAAGGGCCAGAUGUUGAUGUCAGUCUUCCUAAAGCUGACAUUGAUAUUAAAGCCCCUGAGAUGGACAUUAAAGGAACAGACGUUGACAUCAAAGGCCCCAGUGGAAAGAUGAAAGGACCAAAAUUCAACAUGCCAACAAUUUCAGGACCUAAAAUCUCAAUGCCAGAUGUGGAUUUCAAUCUGAAGGGUCCAAAACUGAAAGGUGAUGUGGACGUGUCAGUUCCAGAAGUUGAGGGUGACAUAAAAGCUCCCAAGCUUGACAUUCCAGAUGUUGAUGUCGAAGGUGCCAAAGGAGGAUUUAAAAUGCCAAAGAUCAAAAUGCCAUCCUUCAGUGGUGAAGGUCCAAAAGUGGAAGGGCCAGAUGUUAAUGUCAGUCUUCCGACAGCUGACAUUGAUUUUACAGCCCCUGAGAUGGAAAUUAAAGGAACAGACGUUGACAUCAAAAGCCCUAGUGGAAAGAUCAAAGGACCAAAAUUCAACAUGCCAACAAUUUCAGGACCUAAAAUCUCAAUGCCAGAUGUUGAUAUCAAUCAAAAAAACCUCAAAGUCAAAGGGGACAUGGAUGCAUCUGAUCCCAAAUUUGACAGAGAUGUCAAAGGUCCAAAUGCUGGCUUUGAUGCUGAUCUUAACAAGUCUGGUGUUACCUUUCCCAAGUUCAAAGGUCCUAAAUUUGCAACGAAAUCUGCAGAAUUGGAAGGGUCUGAAUCCACGGUUAAGACACCCAAAUUCAGUGUGGGAGUCAAAGGUUCCAAAACAAAAGUUACACUCCCAGAAACUGAGACAAGUCUUGAUGCUCCUAGUAUCGAUAUCAAUUUAAAGGGCAAAAAGGGAAAGUUUAAACUUCCUAAAGUGAAAGGAAAUGCAAAGAAACCAAAUGUUGACAUAGAAACACCAGCAUUAGAUGAAGAUCUAGAGACACCCAAUAUUCACGUCAAAGGAACAAAGGCAAAGAAGCCUCUUUUUGGGAAGCUUCAUUUUCCUGGUGUGGAAUUAGAUAUCAAAUCACCAAAAGUGAAAAGUGAUACAUCUUUAUCUGAAAGAUUCAAGUCACAUGACAUUGAUUUGCCCUCUGCUAGCUUGAACACUGACAGUGCAAAUGUUUGUUUGGAAGAGCCAGACGUUAAAGUCAAGACACCUGAUAUUAAAAUGUCAGGUUUGAAAGGUGGUCCAGAGGUUAAUGCAAGUGUUUCAGGGGGAACUGCAACUGGUGGCCUUCAAUACCCAGAAGGUACAGUAAAAUUUCCUAAACUCAAGGUACCAAAGUUUGGAAUUGCUCUGCCACAGAUGGAAGGUCAGGAAACUGGAGGAAAAGUUGAAACAGAACUUGCAGCCAGCAGUGGCAUAAAUGUACAGUCUCCAUCUUUUAGUUACCAAGUUAGUUCACAAAAUAUUGACGUUCCCAGUCCUGAACUGAGACAAAGGGAAGGCAAAGUCAAGGUGAAGAUGCCAAAAUUAUUUGGCAAAUCAAAAGCAAAGGGAAGCAGUGUAGGUGACCUCACUGGACCAGAGGCAGAAUUGACUACUGGUGGAAAAUUGAAUAAAGUCUCUGCAUCAAGUGUGCAUUCUGGGGAACUGAUGAGUGGAAAAUUUGAAUUAGAGGGGGAUCCUGGCCUCAGUGUAUCAACUAAAGGCAAAUCAGCUUCACUGGAUCUAUUUAAGAAAUCAAGACAUCGGUCUUCUUCUCUGAGUGAUGAGGGAGGGCUUGCAGCCAGUUCUCCUUCAGCUCACUUAGAAGCUGAGGGUGGAGACAUUUCAUUAGACCUCGGAGGAGGCAAGGUCAAAGGAAAGAAAGGCAAGUUGAAGUUUGGCACAUUUGGAGGUUUUGGCUCAAAGUCAAAGGGCUCAUAUGAAGUGACACUUGGAGACAGUGAAGCAGGAGAGGAGGGGGGUGUAGGUGUUUCUCUGCCUUCUAAAAAGUCGAGAUUGUCUUCAUCCUCAAGCAGUGAUAGUGGUUCAAGAGGAGGUUUCAGGUUCCCAAGACUAGAGCUGUCUAUGUCACCAAAAAAGUGAUUAUGAGGCAAAUGAAACUCUCUCAAGUUCAUCCAGAUGUAUUCUUAUAAUAUAGAAAAUUCUUCAAACUUUAAAACUUUAAAACUCAAGGGGAUACGCACAGUCAUCUCAGUGCUGAGUAAAUAAUUCAUUUUUAUUUUCAGUAAUUAGACAGAAUUGCAUGAGAUUGUUUAAAAUCCCUUCAAACUGUAAAUAAGAUAAAUUUGUAUUGUAAUAAUAAAUAUUGUUUUUGUACAUAGUUCAGAUUUAUUGAACAUAUGCCAUAUUACGAAACUUUAACCAAUAGUUUGUUCCAGGUUUUGUCAUUGUGUCCUAUUUCAUUCUAUUCAAAGAAUGUUGUUCAUUAACGGGAGAGGUAUAUUUGUAACCAGGGGUCUAUUGCACAUUACAGACAUUUGCAAUAACUAUUUCGAAGGAAAAUGUUUGUUUUAAACACACAGACACACAUUUAAAUGGUUGCCAUAUUUUAUAUAUGAAAUAGAUUUAUUUCCAAGCUUUCAUAAUAUAUAAUCAGUGCAGAAGCAUAUUUACGCAAUAUAGAGCUGGCCCUUUAUAACACUUUCGAAAGAGUGAUUAUGUUGUAUAUACCAUAAUUGCAAAGACAAUCACUGUUUGGAAAUUCUUUAAAGUGCUGUUAGUAGGUUUCUGUUCGUUAUUAAGAAAAUCUAUUUUGCCUAAAUUCAGUGCCAUUUACCAUAAAUAUGAAUGUGCUUUGUUUAUUUUAAACAGGUUCUGCAUCCUAACCCUGUGUUAUUUUCACAGUUUAAUGAUCCUCCGUUUUUUUUAUGUUGUCACUCUCUCUUUGUAUGCACAACUGAUGCUUGCAUAAAUCUGUUUGAAACACUUCACUUUUUGAUGUCAAUUGUUUACCAAAAAAUUCUGUGUUGAUAGAGAUGCACAGUAUUGAUCAAAUCAUAUGAUGGAGAGCAUGAUUCUUCGGGUCUAUUCUUUUGUGUGCAGUUUGCCAAAUAAACUAAAUAAAAAGAUUUAAAUAAA